UCUUUCUCUCCUCUUCUCUUCAUCUUUAUCUCCUCUUCUCUUCAUCUUUAUCUCAUCUUCAUCUACGCCUAUGGAUCCAUGCCAUUUAGUUUCCUCAAUCAUUAUGGAACUUCUCGAAGGUUUUGGUUGACAACUGCUGCAAUUUUGCAGUUUUUCUCCUUCCAAAUUUUAUAUGCAUGUCCCUUUUCUGUUGAAGAAUGAGCUUGUCCAACAAAGAGUCUUUUACCAACGACAAAAAGCUAACUGCUACAGGCAAAACCACCUCUUUGAAUCCAAAUGCUGCAGAAUUCAUUCCUUUUGCUCUCAGAUUACCAAGCGCUGGUACCACAGAUGCAGGGUCAACUUUUCCUGCAUCUGGCACUUCAACAUUAGGAAAACUUGCCCUAGAUCGAUCGGAGUCAUCUGUUUCAAAUAGCUCAGAUGAUGAGGCCCACCAAUACUGGCGUCGCCAACUCCCUGAUGAUAUCACUCCCGACUUUAAUGUCAUGGGAGAAAAUGAUUCUCAAGAAACAAAUAGCAUCCCUUUUUCAAGGUUAUCCUUGACCGAUGUCAAUGAAACCUCAAGGUACUCUGCUUCAACUGGCAGUAGCUUUAUGUUGAAGGAGCAGCAGGAGUUAUCUCCUCAUCAGAUCAAUGGUAACAGCUUUUCAGAGAAGAUGAGGUAUUCUGUUUCAUCCUAUUGCGAAGCUCCUUCUUCAGCUGGUUUUCAUCAUUUGUCUACAAAACCAUGGGACAAGCAAAUUGUGAACAAUGAUCAGCUUCACAUGAGUGUUAGAGAGGGGUCUCCUUACAAUGGAACUUCUAGACAAGGCUUCCUAAAUGACAUGUUAAAUGAACAAGCCAUGGUGGAAAGUAUAGACAUGAAUCCUCUCGAGUUUUUGGCUUCUCAAUUCCCUGGUUUUGCUGCUGAAAGCCUUGCAGAGGUGUACUUUGCCAAUAAAGGUGACUUGAACCUCACCAUUGAAAUGCUGACUCAGCUGGAGCUCCAAGUCGAUGGUGGUUUGAACCAGAACCUGAACUCCAAGGCCUUGUCAACUCCAAAUCUUAGUGCACUGGAUUUUCCUGCACUUCCUUUGGCUGAUGGUCAGAGUAGCGUGCAGAAAUUUGCCAUGGAUGAUCUCCAACAAAACAUUAGUCCUUUUCGGUCUUCUGAAAAGGACAACAUGCUUUUGUUCAAAUCAAGCUCUUCAAUUCCAUCCCGGAGUGCUGUGGAUUUUGCUUCUGCUGUCAGGAAAAUGGCGUCUCAUGACUCAGAUAUAUGGAAAUCUGAUACAAAUCGGUCAGCAAAUGUUAGUGUUGCCUCAAGUAGAAGUUCACACAUCUUGGCUAGCUCAUACAAUGGUGUUCAGGGGAGGGGCAUUUAUGGUGAAAGGUUGCAGAGUCGGAGUUCAGCUCGUGCAGCUCCUGUCUGGCUCGAAACUGGAGAAGCAGUGGGUAAUAUUUCUGAGGCAACAACUUAACUUGCUUUAUGAACCUUUAACUGUGGAACAUAUGCUUUCUGCACUUAUAAAUGCUUUAACUUUGUUGAGAUCGCAGCAAAUAUUUAUUCUGAGAAGAGGGAGGAAGCUCGUGACCAUGCACGCUUACGUAAUGCAUACUUUGAACAGGCACGACAGGCAUACCUCAUUGGGAACAAGGCUUUGGCUAAGGAACUGAGCGUAAAAGGGCAGCUGCACAACAUGCAGAUGAAGGCAGCUCAUGGAAAAGCUCAAGAAUCUAUUUAUCGCCAAAGGAACCCAGUUAGCCCAGAGAUGCAGGGGAAUGGGAGAGGGCAGGAGAGGAUAAUAGACCUGCAUGGGCUGCAUGUUAGUGAAGCCAUUCAUGUCCUGAAGCGUGAGCUUACUAUGUUGCGGAGUGCAGCUAGGUCAGCGGAUCAAUGCCUGCAGGUUUUUAUAUGUGUUGGGACGGGCCAUCACACUAGGGGUUCUCGCACACCGGCCAGGCUUCCAAUUGCCGUCCAGCGCUACCUGCUUGAGGAGGAAGGCCUUGACUACUCUGAGCCACAGCCAGGGCUGCUCCGAGUUGUCAUAUACUGAGUCAGGGAAGAGUAGGAGUUUUUUGACACACAGCAUAACCCAUGAAAUCAGUCAUGAAUUCAUUCUUGUAUCUUUGUAUAUGGGAAGAAAUGGAAAUAGUCGAAGUAUGCAAAAGAAAAAAGGAAAAAGAACAAAGAAAAAAAAAAUUAUGUUAGGAAGUUAAAAAAGAAAGGCAGGUAAAGUGUAAUCAGCCUACGCAGAACUACAUUUUGGUAGCCACUCAAUGUCGCCUGGCCUAUUUUUUGUUACAUACCUUUUUUUUUUUUCUGUAUUUUGUUGUAAUUCAGAUGUAACUGAUAGAUUCAUUUACAUGAUAGGUCAGUGCACCAAGCAUUCAC